CGAAUACCCGACUGCAAUUCCAGAAUAGAGAGAGCCCAGAGAAUCCGCCAAUUUGGUUUCUCCCUUCAACUCUUUUUUUGUUUGCCAUCGUUGGAAGGAGAAGAAGAUAAUCAUAAGAAAACAGAGUCAUGGGAGAGGUGAAAAUAGAAGACGAUGCGAUUCUUAAAUCUUUCCUCGCCGAGGUCGGUGAAGUUGAGAGAGACAACGAAGUCGUCAGGAUUCUCUCAUGCUUCAAACUGAACCCGUUUGAGCAUCUUAACCUAUCUUUCGAUUCUUCCACGGAUGACGUUAAAAGACAGUACAGAAAGAUAUCUUUGAUGGUUCACCCUGACAAAUGCAAACAUCCACAAGCACAGGACGCUUUUGGAGCAUUGGCAAAAGCGCAACAACUACUGCUGAACGACCAAGAAAGAGAUUAUAUUCUCACCCAAGUCCAUGCUGCGAAAGAAGAGCUUAGGAUGAAGAGAAAGAAACAGUUAAAGAAAGAUACCGCUUCUAAAAUAAAGUCCUUGGUUGAUGAGGGAAAGCAUGAGCACAUAUUUGAGCAAUCUGAAGAGUUUCAGAGGGAGCUUAAGUUAAAGGUCCGAGAGAUAUUAACAGACCAAGAGUGGCGUAGAAGAAAAAUGGCGAUGAGGAUAUCAGAAGAAGAGGGAAGACUGAAGAAGGAUGAAGCAGAACAAAAGGAGAUAUGGAAGAAAAAGCGUGAGCAUGAAGAACAGUGGGAAGGGACAAGAGAAAAAAGGGUAUCAAGCUGGAGAGACUUUCAAAAAUCAGGAAAAAAGGCCAAAAAAGGAGAGACGCGUCCUCCAAAGUUAAAGACAGAGGAUCCGAACAAAUCGUACGUCCAAAGGCCAGUCAAGAAAGGCUGAUCUAUGCCAUUUUAUAGUUGUUGUUGACAUUGAUAGACUGGUAUUCUCGAGGAUGAUCUCAGACUCUUUCUGCUUGUGUGUGUGCUUCUCUUUGUACAUCACCAACUAGAUUUGUCUUUCCAAAUAAAUCAGAAACAUGGAAGAGAUAUCUCACACGCUUAUGACCUCUUUGUAUUGCAUCUCAGCCAGAUGACGAUGUCUUUAUUAGACUUUAGAUUAAAAAAAAUUAACUUUGAUC